AUGGUCGUUACUCUUCUCGGUCUUUUGCGAUUAGGCUACGGCGCAUUGCUGCUUUCAACCAGACUAGCAGCGCCAGCAUACGUUCGGUUGAUGAGUAUGGUCAACUGCUCCACUCUGAUCUCCACGGAUACCUUCAAGUCGGUCCUCGAUGAUGUCCAGGCUGAGAAACCUCUUACCUGCUUGCCUCUACUGCAGCGUUCGGACUAUAUCGGUGUAAAAGCACCCACUUUCAGACGCCAAUACAUUCCUUCCCAAGAGACAAAGAAGAUUGCAGUUAUCAUUCACUCCUCUGGAUCGACCGGUUUCCCGAAACCAAUCUACCUCCGACACGCACAGUGUCUUGCAACGUUCACACAAAACUUCGGCAUGCGUGCUUUCCUGGCAUCUCCUCUCUUCCACAGUCAAGGCUUUUACGAGAUGUUCAGAACGAUCUACUCCAAGAAGCCUCUUUACCUUUGUAACUAUACAAUUCCUCACACAAGGCAAGGCUUGAUGGCUCAAUUGCAGUAUCUGAAGCCUGAAAUCUUCAACUGCGUGCCUUACCUGCUCAAAUUGUUGUGUGAAACCGAGGAAGGCAUCAACGAACUAGCUAAAGUCAGUCUAGUGAUGUUCGCUGGUAGCGGUUGUCCAGAAGAUUUAGGGGACCUGUUGGUGAGCAAGGGAGUCAAUCUGGUCCAGAAUUACGGAUGCACUGAAAUCGGUCGCAUUAUGACUUCGUUCAGAUCGGCAGAAGAUCCCGAGUGGAACUACUGUCGAUUGAACCCGCCAGUCUCUGAGCACGUUCUGAUGGACGAGAUAGCCCCUGGUGUCUUUGAGUGUGUCGCGCUGGAGAGCUUGAAGACGAGAGUUGCGGUCAACUCAGACAACCCUCCAAACUCUUUCCGUUCACGAGAUUUGUUCGCACCUCAUCCGACGCGGCCAAAUCUCUGGAAGUAUCUGAGUAGGCUCGAUGAUCGCCUGACGCUGGUCAACGGCGAGAAGGUUCUGCCACUGCCAAUCGAAGGUCGCAUUCGUCAAGACCGCCUGGUUCAGGAAGCUGCGGUAUUUGGCAUCGGCAGAAGCGUACCUGGAGUUAUUAUCUUCCGAUCCCAGGACGCCAAGGACAUGUCCAACGACGAGUUUUUCGAAGCUGUAUGGCCUGCCGUCGAGGACGCCAACGCCAGAGCAGAAAGUUUCUCCAGAGUUCCAAAAGAGCUUGUCAUUCUUGUUGCUGCAGACACAGAAUACCCAAAGACCGACAAGGGUACCUUUAUCCGAGCCAAGAUCUAUGAUCAGUUCAAGCAGGAUAUUGAAGACAAGUACAGCGACUUUGAGAAUGGCUCUUUAGGAAAUUUGACCCUUGACAUACCUGACCUCGAGAGAUGGCUCCUUAGCGAAUUCAAGAAAGAACUUGGAGUUUCACUAAAACUCGACACAGACUUUUAUCAAGCUGGAAUUGACAGUCUCCAGUCAACUAGAAUGUGGUCAAACAUCAAGAAACAAAUCAAUCUCGGAGGCAACCAUGCAUCGCUGAGCCGGAACGUUCUCUACGAAGCAGCAAACACUCGCGGACUUGCCCAGCAUCUUCACUCAAUGAGGACAGGUGAAGACAAGGCACAAGAGGAUGAGAUCGCUAUUAUGGAACAGCUUGUCUCAACAUAUUCCACCUUCGAGCAACAUGAGCCAUGCGAAGCAAGCGCUAACACCAAGGACGUUGUGCUUUUGACAGGAGCUACUGGAACUGUGGGCAUACACAUACUCGCCAAGCUGGUAAAACAGCACAACGUAACAGCAGUGUGGGCGAUGGUGCGAGCUUCUUCAGUCGCUCAAGCAAACGAGCGGAUAUCAGAAGCUCUAAACUCACGCGAGUUGUGCCUCACCGAGACGGAGAAAGCAAAGAUCGUACCUUUCCUCGGCGAUCUGAGCAAGUCAGACCUUGGACUCCNNAAUGAGGGGAGUCUCCAGAGGUUGAAGUCACAGCUCACCCAUGUGAUACACAGCGCUUGGGCCGUCAAUUUUAAUCUCGGUGUGAAGAGUUUCGAAGAUCAGCAUAUCAGGGGAGCGUACAACCUGAUCCAGCUGUGCCUCGCUACUCGCACACCCAACCCUGCAAAGUUUUUCUUCUGCUCAUCAGUGUCAUCGGCUGCAGGUACGCCUCUAGAUCAGAAGAUCAGAGAAGGUCCUGUACCACAACUCGAAUUUGCUCAAGGAACAGGCUAUGGCAGAUCGAAGUUAGUGACUGAGCGUAUCGUCCACAACGCCAUGAAAAGUACUGGUAUAUACGCCAGAGUAUUGCGUCUAGGCCAGAUUGCCGGUGAUAGCCAACAUGGACAAUGGAACACCACUGAGGCCAUUGCUUUGAUGAUCCAGACGGCCACAACCAUCAAAGCUCUCCCAACUCAUAACGAAGAGCUUUCAUGGCUGCCGGUGGAUCUUGCGGCAUCGAUUGUUGCAGAACUUUCGGGCAUCGCCCAGGCAAUACCUGAUACUCGCUUCCGAGAUGACGAUCUCGUCUACAACAUUCAAAACCCGACAGUAUACCACUGGACCCGCGACAUCCUGCCUGCUCUACACAAAGCAGGAUUGGAAUUUGAUCAAGUGUCGCCCAAGGAGUGGGUGCAGAGAUUGCGUGCUGGUGAUCAGAAUCCAGAGACUAAUCCACCAGUCAAACUGACCGAAUUCUUCGCUGAGAGAUAUGGUAAUGUUGUUGAAGAUGCGCCGAUGAAGAGUGCAGGUCGUUAUGAAACUGUCCAGACAUGUAAAGAUAGUGCUACGAUGACAGCGAUUCCGGAUCUGAUAGAGUCGGGCAUGGUGGCUAAAUUCGUGAAGGCUUGGGCGAAUGAGUGGGGCGUAGAAUUAGCAUGA